AUGGCGGACUCAUCUGCUUCAAACAUCAAUUUCAACAACAACGACCCAAUCAACACUUCUUCCACAAUUGUGAAUGUUGCUGCAACCAAAACGCAGUUCAUUAACAUCAACCCAACUACACAACUUCCAAUCAAACUUACUGGUGGUGCAAACUUUGCAACAUGGGUUGGUCAAAUCCAAAAGCAAGAUAAUCUCAUCUGCGACACCGUAAUGGCAUCUGUUGACUCCACCAUUGCACCAUCAGUUGCCUCUACAGAAACUUCGAAACAAGCGUGGAAUUAUUUACAUACUAAAUAUGCAAACAGAUCUCAAACCAGGAUUUACAGCCCUCGAGAUGCAUUGGUGAAAGUUCAGCAAGAUCAAAAAUCUGUCAUCGAUUAUCUCAGGGAAAUAAGAACUAUCACUGAUGAAUUAGCUGCUGCCGGUGCUUGCACUUCUAACGAAGAGUUGGUUGUAAAAUUUUUGAGUGGUCUUGGACCUGAAUAUGAGGCCCUAAGUACUGUUAUUCAUACAAGAAAUUCUCCUAUUUCAUAUGAGGAAUUGGCACACAAGCUCACAGAUCAUGAACUUUAUCUAAAGGAAGCUGAAAAGAAGCAACCACCAACUCCUAUCACUUCUCAAGUUGCACAACGAACAUCUAAUCACAAUAACAAUAGCAGAAGACAAACUCUUCGCUGGUCUGGUCAGCCUCAAUGGCAUUCACAAACUACUCCUUCUGGAAUGCAACAAUAG